UCCAGGUGUCUUAGCACAACAUGUGUUUAUUGUGGUCUGGGUCAUUUGAUCCGUCCAAAUUUGUUCUUAACCGUCUCCCUCCUUGGCUUUGGGAAAUUUGUCCAAUGGAUCGCUUCUGCUUAGGAUAAUGAAGGACAAGGGCGAAUGUCCUUUCCUCUAUGCUUCUGAUGGGGAGUCUGACUGCUGUGCACAGGGAGGAAGCCGCGAUCCAAAUGUUCCUGUUGUAUUCAUAUAUGCUUGUGUAUACCUAUGUAAUGGAUAAAUUUCUAUCUAAUCUGUGCAUACUAUUUGACCAAUAUAGGGAUGAUGGCGAAUCGUCUACCCCACUACUGUAUUGUCGGUGGAGGUAUAGCCGGCCUGAGCACAGCUUACUUUAUAUCACUUGUACGACCGCCUGGAUCAUGCCGUUUGACAGUACUUGAAGCUGGAAAUAAAUUUGGCGGUUGGAUUCACUCGAUGAAAAACCCACGAACCGGUGCAGUCUAUGAGCUUGGUCCACACAGUGCUCGCGCUGUUGGCCCAACAUCCAGGUUGUUGUUACGCUUGGCGCUCAGUUUGGAUCUACAUAAUUCUUUGUUAUGGAUGCGAUCGAACGAGGAUGCUGUCCGCCGUUUCAUCUAUGUCGGGGGCAAUUUAGCGGAAAUUUCUCCUUUUCGGCUGCACAAGGAAAAACCAUUUACUCGGACGCAUAUUGGAAUGUUUGCUAGGCGUUUGUUGGCAUCGCGCCCUCCUCAUAAAUCGGAUUGGUCAGUCGACGAAUUCCUACGAACUCGUUUCGAUGAUGAGUUUGCUGAUUAUUUGGGUAGUGCCAUGAUGCGCGGAAUAUACGCUGGCGACUCACGUGAACUCAGCGCUCGGGCGUGCUUACCAAAACUUGUAGAAACCGAAGAAAAUGGCCCAAAUUUGCUACUGGGAAUGUUGCUGUCAGCCAUUAGGCCAUCGAAAUCUCCAUCUUCUUCGGUUACCAUACCCUCACAGAUCAAUUCAAAAUUGCCUGAAAUCGGCUCUAUUUUACCUCCGAAAACAUUUGCGUGGUCUCUUCACAACGGUAUGCAAACGAUCACGGAUAGUCUUGCAGAAAAAAUCCGCAACUUGGGCCCUCACGUUACACUUCAAGCCAACGCAUGCGUUCGCGGAAUUUCUCAUUCUGGCGGCAAGUUUUCUCUACAGUGGAGUGACGAACAAAAUCUCCACGCCAAUCUACAAGAUGUCGAUGCUAUUUUCCUUUGCUGUCCUUCCUACCGGUCUGCGGAAUUGCUCAAAGAAUUGACCAGUCCAGAAGUGAUUAGUCGUCUUCGAAAAGAUAAACUCCCAUGGGCCAAUGUAGCGGCUACUGUGGUGGAAUUGGACCGGAAGUCAGCACAACCGCCAGUGCGUGGUUUCGGGCACCUGGUUCCGCGAACCGAAGAUCCUCACAUUUUGGGAAUUGUGUAUGAUUCGGUGGCAUUCCCGGAUUUAGACAGCCCCGACGGAUCGUCAGUAAGAUACACAGUGAUGCUAACUCCACCUUCUGACUGGUUGUCUUGUGGUGAAUGUAUUGAUGAUAAAAUCGAAAAGAAAGCAUUAGAUGCAUUGAAGGAACAUCUGAAGUUUCAGAACCUGGAAGUUUUGGGUUUGACGUCCACGUUGCUUCGCGACUGCAUUCCACAAUAUCCACUCGGACAUAUAGAUAAUAUUCGAGCGGCGCGCGAAGAGCUUCGUUCCUCCUUGUGCCAACAGUCUUUCAAUUCCAAUGCUAUUCAUCUAGUCGGUUCCUCUUACGAUGGUGUCGGCCUUGGUGAUGUGGUAUUCAGUGCCUUAAAGGCAGUUUGUAGUGAACUGAAUCUUUCAGUAUAGAUAUAGUUGUUUAUAAUGAUUGUUUUACUUUGUACAAACUUACUUUCCAUUUUCUAAAAAGUUUUUUUUUCAAGAUGGCUGUUCUACCUCGG